UUUUUUGCUCUUUGAUUCGCAGCUCCUGCCACCCCCCCCCCCCCCAAAAGACGUCUCGAGUCUAGGCUCCCAGUCGCCUCCAUUGCACUUGCGCCUAGGCUGAAGCCCGGUUGCCCUGCUUCCACUGCCUGCCCUGCCCCGCCAUCAGGCCCCCCGUUGGUGGAUGCAACCAGUACAACAACCACUGGCAAAGCCACUGAAGGACGACCCCCGGCAUUCCGCCCCAGCGCCCGUCGUUUGAGCCUUUGAGGCCCGGCACUGCUGCCCUGCUGCUGUGGCCAGCGCACCCGCAACAACGCCCGAAUAAGCGAUCUAGCCAAGCACACUCCAGCUCUACCUUAUGCCUUGGUCAUCCCGUGCCGCGCCAUGACCGCCUCUCGCCGACGUCCAGCGCUGCACAAACAGCAGAGUGCCCUCGGCAGCAACAUCAAGGAUCGUGGUGAAAAGGCCACAAAUACCAUGUCGGCCCCGUCGCCCCGUGUCAUUAAUGCCGCCCCGUCGCUCGAGAAGGCCGAAAUGUACGGCAUUGACGAUGACCGGCCCGUCUUCAGUCGCGCCAUGGCCCUCGCCGGGCGCAUGUUCAUCGAGACCAUUCCGCAGUGGUUGGCCGUGGGCGCGAUGCUCUCCCUCAUAUUCGGCGGCUGCUGCUCCAACGUUUUUGCCCUCGAAUCAAUCAUCAAGGUCGAGCCCGCGAGCGGAACGCUCUUGACCUUCGUCCAGUUCCUUUUCGUGGCCUUGAUUGGACUGCCGUCGCAGUUUGACCGGACGCGCCCGCCCUACUACCUGAAGCCGAACCGAGUACCAAUCCGCCGGUGGCUGGUCAACAUCGUCCUGUUCUUUAGCAUCAACGUGCUCAAUAACCAUGCAUUCAGCUACGAUAUAUCCGUGCCCGUGCACAUCAUCCUGCGAUCGGGGGGCAGCAUCACGACGAUGAUUGCCGGGAGCCUGUACGGGAAGAGAUACUCUCGGAUCCAGAUUACCGCAGUCGUUCUGCUCACAGUUGGCGUCAUCACGGCGGCCUGGUCCGACUCGAUGAACAAGGGAUCAUCCGGCGAGGCGCCUCGCGGUAACCCGAGCUUCAAGACUGGCCUGGCCAUUCUGUUUGUUGCGCAAGUUCUUUCGGCCAUCAUGGGCCUCUACACAGAGGAGACGUACCGGAUCUACGGGCCGCAGUGGAAGGAGAAUCUCUUCUACUCGCAUCUUCUGUCGCUGCCUCUAUUCCUGCCGUUCCUGCCGUCGCUGUCGAGGCAGUUCAUGAAGCUCGCCAACAGUGCGCCGCUAGCGCUUCCGCUCCCGGCCUUCGACGACUAUCCGAACCUGUCACCGACGGUGCAAAAGGGCCUGGAGGGGGUACAGAUCCCGAGCCAGCUGUUCUAUCUUGUGCUCAACGUCUUGACACAGUAUGCAUGCAUCCGGGGUGUCAACCUCUUGGCCGCGGCUUCCUCGGCCUUGACAGUGACCAUUGUCCUUAACAUCCGCAAGCUAGUCAGCUUGCUUUUGAGCAUAUGGAUUUUUGGAAACCGCCUUGCGUUUGGGACGCUCAUUGGGGCUGUAAUUGUAUUUUUCGCCGGAGGGCUGUACUCCCUGGACGGGAAACGAAAGCCUCAGGGGAGAAACAGAAAUUCGGCAAAGUCUUGACAGGGGACUUUGGCUGCAUUUCUCUGUACAUAUUGUUAUUGCAUAUAGAAAACAAGCGGGCGGACGGCAAGCUCUGCAUUUUUAUUCUCUGAUCUGGCCCGAACGAAUCGACCCGACCCUUCCGGUGCCUCUGGGCAUUUUGGGAGGGGUAGCAUCGCAUUUCGUCCG